AGCGAAUUGGACAUCAUACUUGCCAUGACCGACGAUGUUCUGAUGGCUCUCCUGGCUAUCGGCAUGUUCUCGUCUGUCGUUUUUCCUUAUAAGAGGUGGGCCAUGCUGUACUACGUUUUCGGAUUCCUCUCGCUGUUUCUCCAGAUCAUGGGGAGUGAGGGCGAGGACUUCUUGCCUAAAGAACAGUGGAAACUUGAUUUCUUGAAGAUGGAUAUCGAGGACGGUUACAUCGUUGGAGCGGACUCCAUAAACGUUGUGGGCAACUCUCGCACCGGCAUGAAGUACACCGUAAUAAGCACUCAAGUGAUAUUCCAGCUGAUCAUGACUAUCUUCGUGUUUGGUAAGCGCGACCUCCCGCUCUGA